UGUCAUUCCCUAUAGAGACCCAGCGCGCGGCUCCGGCGUCACCUGACACCGUGUAAACAUGUCGGAACAGUCUCCACGCUUUUUCCUCUCAAGCAGCAAGUAGAUGCGCUGAUAUUCGGCGGCAGGGGGCGCUGUGGGCCGCGCUCUCUCCGCCUUUCCCGGUCCUUUCUCUCCGCCCCCUGGUUCUCUCUAGCAGCUCGGGAUUUCCCGCCCUACGUGCCAUCGUUUGUGCGUCUUCUGCUCGGAGCCCGUGUAGGCCAUCGUCCAGCCCGCGGUGUUUCCCGGAGCACUACCCGGCUAACUGACGUCUGACCCGGCGAGUAGAGCAGGAAAGACACGCGGGAAGGCCGGCCUGCUCCGGGAGGGAGCCCCGGCCUGUGGACAGGAUGGCGGUCAACCUGGAUAAAGAGGCCUAUUACCGGCGAAUAAAGCGUCUGUACAGCAACUGGAAGAAAGGUGAAGAUGACUACUCCAAUGUGGAUGCUAUUGUGGUAUCAGUGGGAGUGGAUGAGGAGAUUGUGUACGCCAAGUCCACUGCCCUACAGACCUGGCUUUUUGGCUACGAAUUAACAGACACUAUAAUGGUUUUCUGUGAGGAGAAAAUUUUCUUCAUGGCAAGCAAGAAAAAGGUGGAGUUUCUUAAGCAGAUCGCAAACACAAAAGGCAAUGAGAAUGCAAAUGGUACCCCAGCGAUCACACUUCUAGUGCGGGAGAAGCAAAAUGAGAAUAACAAGGCAAACUUCGACAAGAUGAUUGAGGCCAUUAAAGGGAGCAAGAAGGGAAAACGGAUUGGUGUUUUUAGCAAGGACAAGUUCCCAGGGGAUUUCAUGAAAAGUUGGUAUGACUGCCUGAAUAAAGAAGGAUUUGACAAAGCUGAUAUGAGUGCUGCUGUGGCUUACACAAUUGCUGUAAAAGAAGAUGGAGAACUAAAUUUGAUGAAAAAGGCAGCGACCAUCACCUCAGAUGUCUUUAACAAGUUCUUCAAGGAACGUGUCAUGGAGAUUGUGGAUGCUGAUGAGAAAGUACGGCACAGCAAGCUAGCCGAGUCUGUGGAGAAAGCUAUAGAAGAUAAAAAAUAUUUAAGUGGGACAGAUCCAUCCACCAUUGAAAUGUGUUACCCUCCCAUCAUCCAGAGUGGAGGCAACUAUAAUCUAAAAUUCAGUGUGGUCAGUGACAAAAACCACAUGCACUUUGGAGCAAUCACAUGUGCCAUGGGGGUCCGCUACAAGUCUUACUGCUCCAAUCUAGUGCGCACCCUCAUGGUGGAUCCAACACAGGAAAUGCAGGAAAAUUACAACUUUUUACUACAGUUGCAGGAAGAUUUAUGCAAGGAGUUGAAACAUGGUGCAAAAAUAAGUGACAUCUAUCAAGCAAUUAUGGAUCAAGUGAAGAAACAGAAAUCAGAUCUAAUGAGCCGGAUCACGAAAAACCUGGGCUUUGCAAUGGGAAUUGAGUUUCGGGAAGGAUCUCUUGUGAUAAAUAGCAAAAAUCAAUACAAACUCAAGAAAGGAAUGGUGUUCAGUGUUCACUUGGGUCUGGCAGACCUCACCAACAAGGAGGGAAAGAAACCAGAAGAGAAGACAUAUGCCUUGUUCGUUGGGGAUACAGUGCUGAUUAAUGAGGAGGGACCAGCAACAAUUCUUACCAGUGUUAAGAAAAAAGUGAAAAAUGUUGGGAUCUUCUUAAAGAAUGAAGAUGAAGAUGAGGAGGAAGAAGAAAAGGAUGAAGCUGAAGACCUUCUUGGCAGAGGAUCUCGAGCUGCAGCACUUCUUACGGAAAGAACUAGAAAUGAGAUGACUGCAGAGGAGAAGCGCCGAACUCAUCAGAAAGAGCUUGCAACACAAUUGAAUGAGGAAGCGCGAAGAAGGCUGACAGAACAAAAGGGCGAGCAACAGGCGCAGAAGGCCCGAAAGUCUAAUGUUUCAUAUAAAAAUGUAUCUCAAAUGCCAAAAGAGCCAGAAAUUCGAGAGAUGAAGAUUUAUAUAGACAAAAAGUAUGAGACUGUGAUUAUGCCUGUGUUUGGAAUUGCUACUCCCUUCCAUAUUGCCACCAUCAAGAAUAUUAGUAUGUCAGUUGAAGGUGAUUAUACUUAUCUGCGUAUCAACUUCUACUGCCCGGGUAGUGCUCUAGGGCGAAAUGAAGGCAACAUUUUUCCCAACCCCGAUGCCACAUUCGUUAAGGAAAUAACAUACAGGGCUUCUAACAUGAAGACCCCUGGAGAGACUGCUGUGCCAUCACUCAACUUGCAGAAUGCUUUCCGAAUUAUUAAGGAAGUGCAGAAACGAUACAAGACACGAGAGGCAGAAGAGAAGGAGAAAGAGGGCAUUGUAAAGCAAGAUUCCCUGGUCAUUAAUCUUAAUCGUAGUAAUCCAAAAUUAAAAGACCUGUACAUUAGGCCCAACAUUGCACAGAAGCGAAUGCAGGGCUCUCUCGAGGCCCAUGUAAAUGGUUUCCGCUUUACAUCUGUAAGAGGCGAUAAAGUGGAUAUUUUAUACAAUAACAUUAAACAUGCCAUUUUCCAGCCUUGUGAUGGAGAGAUGAUCAUUGUGCUUCAUUUCCACCUAAAGAAUGCCAUAAUGUUUGGGAAAAAGAGACACACUGAUGUCCAGUUCUACACAGAAGUUGGAGAGAUCACCACAGAUCUCGGAAAACACCAGCAUAUGCAUGACCGUGAUGACCUGUACGCAGAACAGCUGGAAAGAGAGAUGAGGCACAAACUGAAAACAGCCUUCAAAAACUUUAUUGAGAAGGUGGAAUCUUUAACAAAGGAGGAUCUGGAGUUCGAGGUUCCAUUCAGAGACCUGGGGUUCAAUGGAGCCCCAUACAGAAGUACAUGUCUUUUGCAACCAACAAGCAGUGCUCUGGUAAACACAACAGAAUGGCCACCAUUUGUUGUGACAUUAGAUGAGGUUGAGCUUGUACACUUUGAAAGAGUCCAGUUUCACCUAAAGAACUUUGAUAUGGUCAUAGUCUACAAGGACUACAAUAAGAAGGUCACUAUGAUCAAUGCUAUUCCCGUGGCAUCCCUUGACCCAAUCAAAGAGUGGUUAAACUCCUGUGAUAUUAAGUACACAGAGGGAGUUCAGUCCCUGAACUGGACUAAAAUUAUGAAAACCAUUGUGGAUGAUCCUGAAGGUUUCUUUGAGCAGGGUGGCUGGUCUUUCCUUGAACCUGAAGGAGAGGGCAGUGAAGCAGGAGCUGAAGGUUCAGAGUCUGAAGUAGAAGAUGAGACAUUCAACCCCUCUGAGGAUGAAUAUGAGGAGGAGGAAGAAGACAGUGAUGAGGAUUAUUCUGAUGAAACUGAAGAAUCAGUGUACAGUGAAGAUUCUCUAGGCAGCGAUGAGGAGAGUGGUAAAGACUGGGACGAAUUAGAAGAAGAAGCUAGGAAAGCUGACCGGGAAAGUCGUUAUGAGGAAGAGGAGGAACAAAGUAGUACUAAGAAGAGGAAGGGUCAUGGUCAUAGUCAUGCACCCACCCCAUCAAAGAAGAGGAGGAAGUAGCGCUAAUGUGACCUCCUUUUUCCAACUUCCUUUGUUCCUGUCCCCGUACUUUCGAAGUAAAACCCAUGACCCAUCUUUUGCCUCAUUCCUCCUUAUUAUGUCUGUUCCCACAAUUCAGAAUUUCUUACCUUUCCUUCACUUGCCCUAUGAGUCUGAGGUGUGUCACCGUGCUUUUGCUGCUACAGACUGCUGGGAUGCUAUGUGAUGGUUAAAUGGACCAAUAUGGCAUUAUUUUAUUAUGUCCUCUUAACUGGACUGUUCACAAAAUUAAAUCCAUAGUGAAUUUUCACAACCUAUAAAAAUACUCCAUUUUUUUUCUUCUGAAAGACAUUCUCAUUGUAUCUAUAAACUAUUCCAUUAUUUCAUGAACCACAGUUAAGUGGUUAAAGUGGCACUGCCAGUCUACAGAGCUGGGUGGCUUGCCUGUAUCCCUAUGUGCACUUGACCAAGUCCCUUGCCUCACCUUCUAGCUUGCCGUUUUCAUAUUUCUUGUGCUGCUCUCCUAGGAAUUCUUGUAAAAGGUUACUUUUUUAUUUGCUAUAUGUUAUUUUGUUCAAAGUGUCAGGAGUCUGUCCAUCAGUCUCCUCGCUGCUUGUCUCUUGUGACUUCAGGCACCAUAAAGGUGUGUUUUUUUUUCUUUUUUUUACUUUUUUCUCUUGGAUUUUCCUUUUUCAUUGCCUUUGUUUUUCUCUAGCAGUGAGGUGUAAAUGGUGUUUUUCAGACCUUGGAGACGUGUAAACAAAUAAAAGACAAAAAACUUUUUUGUACCUUUUUCCCAGUUUGCUAAUUUUUUUUUUUUGAGAUUCUGUGUCAGACUUAAGACAAUUUUUACUGAACACUCAAGAUUAUUGAGCAGCACUUGUAAAUGACACCUGGAUUGAUCAGUCCUGUUAGAAACAAUAAAAUGAAAUUCCUCAGGGAUACAAUGCCACCUUUUGUGUGUGGUUUUGUGCUUUCAUUACAGAAUAGCCUUGGCCAUUGAUCUGAACCCCUUUCUCAUUAUUUACAGUAAUUGUGAAGUUUUCACCAGUGGGAGCUAGUAGAAUAGUGUCAAAUAAAAAUACAAGAGAAAAUAAAGAUCAAACCUGUUUGGUUGCUUUUGUAGA